GUUUCAUCUUCUACUCGUUCGAAGAAUCGAAUCUCUGUGUCCCUUGUCUCAAAAUCCCUAAUUUGCAGUCCUUUCUUCUUGUUUGCUUCUCGAUUUUAUCUCUAUUUCCCUAAUUUGUAGAAGGCAUUUUUCUAUUUUCCUCUGAAUCUUCUCUUUCUUUAUCGUAAGCGGGCCUUAUUCUCUCUUCAACAAUUUCUCUUUUUUCUCGAUCUCCUCUCAUACUUUCCACCUUCUCAGAGAGAGUAUAACGCAGGUUUCUUCUUCAGGAUCCGUAAAUCAGCGAUGAGUUUUCUGUUUGGAAAGCGAAAGACCCCUGCAGAACUUCUGCGGGAGAACAAACGGAUGUUAGAUAAAUCUAUUCGAGAGAUAGAGAGAGAAAGACAGGGUUUACAAGCACAGGAAAAGAAGCUUAUUAUGGAAAUCAAGAAAACAGCAAAACAGGGUCAGAUGGGUGCGGUGAAAGUAAUGGCAAAAGACCUUAUCCGGACACGACAUCAAAUAACAAAGUUUUAUGCUCUUAAAUCCCAACUCCAAGGUGUAUCUCUGAGGAUUCAGACACUUAAGUCCACACAAGCAAUGGGGGAGGCCAUGAAAGGUGUUACUAAGGCAAUGGGACAGAUGAACAGGCAGAUGAACCUGCCUGCCCUGCAGAAGAUAAUGCAAGAGUUUGAGAGGCAGAAUGAAAAGAUGGAGAUGGUAACAGAGGUAAUGGGUGAUGCCAUUGAUGACGCCUUGGAAGGAGAUGAAGAGGAAGAAGAAACUGAAGAACUUGUCAACCAGGUUCUUGAUGAGAUUGGAAUUGAUAUUGACUCACAGCUUCUUAAGGCGCCGUCAGCUACUGUGAGUGCUCCUGCAUCAACUACCAAGGUUGCACAAGCUGAGACAGCAGGAGGAGAAGAAAAUGGUAUUGAUAGCGAUUUACAAGCAAGAUUGGACAAUUUGAGAAAAAUGUAGUUCUUAUCACGGUAUGAAUUUGUGAAACCUGUGCAUGUUUGAUGUUGUAUUUCCUCUAUAGUUUUAGUGGAAUGCUUGUUUCUAAAUUCUUGGUAUUGUGCAUUCGCUGUAAAUUGGUGCUUUGUUUUGGUAACUUGGGGUGUAAAUAUAUAUAUGUAGCCACAUAUGUCUACCCCAUCCGGGCAUGCUAUUUGAUCAGAAAAUGGAAAGUGAUGCACAGAUUGAAAUGAGAAAUGAGAAAAGAAUGUAGUCAUCUUCAUUUUC